AUGCAGAUGCGAAGCUCUCUUGUCCUACUUGGCGCAGUUCUUGGUGAGCUUGGCCUCGCCGUUCCCGUCGAGGACAGCCCCCGCCAGCGGCUCUUGGACGGCAAACCGCUGCCCUCCAAGUACACAAAUGCCAAGAAUCCCUACAAGCCGGGUUUCAAAGACCCUCUGGACAAGGCCGUCGACACCAUUGGUGACGAAUUGGACCCAUUGCCCUAUCGCAAUGGAUUGGGCUCUUCGGUAUUAGGCCCAUGGAAUUGGGAGCGUUCGCGACAGAAUCCAGAUCUCGUCCGACCGCCAAGUACCGAUCAUGGCAACAUGGCCAACAUGCGCUGGAGCUUUGCUGAUUCGCACGUGAGAAUUGAGGAGGGCGGCUGGACCCGACAGACGACAGUCCGAGAGCUCGGUACCAGCGUCGAAUUGGCUGCUGUCAAUAUGCGCCUUGAUGAAGGCGUCAUUCGAGAAUUGCACUGGCACAAGGAGGCCGAGUGGGCUUAUGUCUUGGACGGCGAGGUCCGCAUCACUGCUAUUGAUUAUGAGGGCGGCAGCUUCUUUGAUGAUCUAAAGAAGGGCGACCUUUGGUAUUUCCCCAGUGGUGUGCCACACUCUCUCCAAGGCCUUAGCCCCAAUGGAACCGAGUUUCUGCUGGUCUUUGACGAUGGAGGUUUUUCUGAGGAGUCUACAUUUAUUCUUACGGACUGGCUAGCCCAUACCCCCAAGUCGGUCAUUUCAAAGAACUUCAACUUGGCACCCGAGAUCUUUGCGCACAUCCCCGACGGUGAAAAGUAUAUCUUCCAGGGCGCCCUUCCCGGCUCGAUUAGCGACGAGAAGCCGACCGGCAAGAAUGUCAAGAAAUCCAAGUACAACUUUGCGCAUCGCAUGCUGGAGCAGGAGCCCAAACAGACUACGGGGGGCGAGGUCCGCAUUACCGACUCCAAGAACUUCCCCAUUUCAAAGACCGUGGCCGCCGCCCACGUUACGAUUCAACCCGGAGCUAUCCGCGAGAUGCACUGGCACCCAAAUGCCGAUGAGUGGUCCUUCUUCAUCAAGGGGCGCGCGCGCAUCACCAUCUUUGGCUCCGAGGGCACCGCCCGCACAUUCGAUUACGUGCCCGGCGAUGUUGGCAUCGUGCCCCGCAACAUGGGACAUUUCGUCGAGAACAUUGGCGACGAGCCCAUUGAGAUGCUCGAGGUCUUCAAGGCUGAUGAGUUCCGAGACUUUUCACUGUUCCAGUGGAUGGGCGAGACACCCAAGAAGAUGGUUAUCGACCACUUGUUUGCUGAUGACCCCAAGAACGGUGAGAUCUUCUGGGACAAGGUCAAGAGCGCAGCCAAGGACGAGGUUACGCAGCCCGACGCAGAUCUCUUCUCUCAUCAAAGAGUUUCUUCAAGCGAGCUCAAAUAA